UACGACAUUUUGUAGUUUACUGGGUAGUAUUUAUUUGUCUGACCGGAAGUGAAGUGGAUAAGUCGAGGAGAUAAAAGAUGAGUUUCUCGGCGCCGGUAGACUCUUCGACCUCCGAUUCCGAGGCGGAAAACGACAGGCCUAAGUCAAGCAUUGUUGAUACUAAAACAUUGGCGUUUAGCAACUUGUCUGCUUCGCCUCUCGUUUGCAUCUUUCGCCCCGCCGCUGAUGCCGCCGGUGGUGCUUUUAUGGGCUCUAUUUUUGGAUUAGGUUCUGGAUUCAUUAGAAAGAAAGGAUUUAAGGGAGCAUUUGCAGAAGCAGGAUCAUCUGCUAAGACUUUUGCAAUUUUAUCUGGAGUUCACAGCCUGGUUGCAUGCUUUUUAAAGAGAUUGAGAGGGAAAGAUGAUGUUAUUAACGCAGGUGUAGCGGGAUGUUGCACUGGUGUUGCUAUGAGUUUACCAGGUGCACCUCAGGCUCUUCUUCAGAGCUGCCUCACCUUCGGGGCAUUUUCCUUCAUUAUUGAAGGCCUUAACAAGCAGCAACCAGCCGCUUUGGCGCAUACAUCUUCCUCGAGGGGCAAAAGUAGUCAUUAUGGUGCAAUUCCCCCUUUGUCAAUUCCUCUGUCAAAUGAAUUUAAAGAAUCCUUUUCUUCCUUGGUAAACUCAUUAAAGCCACACUAAACAGUUAUUCUACUGAAUGUUGCAGGGCAAAAGUCUUUUGUAAAAUUUUAGUAAUCUUAUUUUGUUUUUGAUAUUUGAAUGAGUUGAAUAAUAAAGAAAGGCGUCUUUGGAUUCUCAUGUUA